UCAAUGGACGGGAUAGGAGGUGAAACUGCCUCAGCGGCAGCACCCUUGAGCCAGUGGCAACAUGAUGUUUCAAGGCUUUAUCAAUAUUAUCUUGAUAAGACUACCCCACAUGCCAUCUACCGAUGGAUUGGAACCCUUUUUGUAUUGGCAAUUUAUGCAUUGAGGGUCUUCUAUGUGCAAGGGUUCUACAUUGUUUCAUAUGGUUUGGGUAUCUAUAUACUCAAUUUGUUGAUUGGAUUUUUGUCGCCUUUGGUUGAUCCAGAGAUGGAAGUUUCAGAUGGACCAUUGCUGCCUACUAAAGGUUCAGAUGAAUUCAAGCCGUUCAUUCGUCGACUUCCAGAAUUUAAGUUCUGGUACUCAUUUACAAAGGCCUUUUGCAUUGCCUUUGUAAUGACCUUCUUUUCCAUAUUUGAUGUUCCUGUCUUCUGGCCCAUUUUACUUUGUUACUGGAUUGUUCUUUUUGUCCUGACAAUGAGGCGUCAGAUUGCACAUAUGAUCAAGUACAAAUACAUACCAUUAAGUCUUGGAAAGCAGAAGUAUGGUGGCAAAAAAGCUUCUGCAAGUAGCGGUAUCUCGAACGACGAUUGAUUCAUGGCUUAUUAUUUACAGCAAUUAGUACAAGUACUGAAUGGAGGGGAGGAAGUAGAGAUUUGGAUAUUCACAGUAGAAGAAAUUUUUUUGGAUUGAAGUUACUUGUAGUUGAGAUUGCUUAUGGAUUUAUUGAUUGGGACAUGGUUAUAUGCCAAACCCUUUAUGAUAACUGAAGAACUGCCUGUUGUAGAAAUUGUCACUUUAAUACACGUCGUAAUCUGGUGCGUAAUCUGGUUCGGUUGCAGGGCGUAUUUGAAACCUUUUA